AUGGCUUACACAAGAAAUCACAAUUUCAUUUUCAUGUUAAUCCCAUUUCUAGUCAUCCUCACAACAACUUCCUUUGCGUCUGCAGAAGUUUUGCUCUUCUCAGCCAAACAUGUUACAAUUAUCAACAAACUUGUGACGCGUGCGACAUUGAUUGUGCAUUGUAGGAACAAAGGUGACGAUUUGGGCGUAGUAUCGCUCGGUCCCGGGGAUAGUAUGGAUUUCAGAUUUCGUGUCAACCUCCGAGAUACAACGGUAUACAGUUGUAGUUUUGCUUGGCCUGGCAAUACAGCAACGUUCGAUAUUUUUAGAGCUGAUAGAGAUGAUAAUCCGAAGAGUAAAGCUGGAGUUUGCAGUGAAUGUAUUUGGAGCAUUUACGAACCAGCACCAUGUAGAGAUAGACGUGAUGGAGGUCAACCUAACUGUUUCCCAUGGGACGGGUUUGGGUUAAUUUAA